UGUCAGGGCGAUCCCCCCGGAGUAACGUGUCGCCUACGCAGUUUUAUUUUUGUUGAUUAGAAAAAAGUUAUUCGAUUCGGCCGUUCUCACUUUCUGUCCGAUUGCAUUUAUCAGACGUAUUAAACUUUUUCUUUCCUGUAAGACUUGUCUUUAGUUUUGUUUCUCUGAGAUGUUCGAGCAGACAAUCCGAAAUUUCAAAAUCAAUUUUAUCAGGCACGAUGGACGAAAUAGUUUUUCCAGUGGCGACCAAAUCAUAGGUCACAUCUCUUUUGAUCUGACAAAAGAAACAAAGAUCACUUCAAUAACAAUGAGGCUGAAGGGAAACGUGAAUGUGCACUGGACCGCCGGAGGAGGUGGAGGGAAACAGGAAACGAGGAAACGUUACUCUGCAAGGCUGGACUUCUUCGACUUAAAAGGAGUUAUUUUGCAAGAAGACAGAGGUAUGCUGUUACUGGUGCUGUUUGGACGCAGUGAUACAUGGCAAACAAACAGUCACUGUCUUUGUCCUUUUCUUAUAGCUACUCGUGGGACAAAACUUCAACUCGGGACGCAUGUGUAUCCGUUCACAUGUCAGCUCCCACUAGGAAACUUCCCAUCGUCCUUUCAUGGGGUUCACGGAAAAAUAGCAUAUACCUUGACAGUGGGCAUUAAUAGACCGUGGCGUAUGUCCAAGGACUUUGUGACAGAGCUUAAGUUUGUAAACCACAUUGAUACCAACCAGCCAGGGUUGAAUGCGCCACUCUCAGGUUCAAACAGCGUGACACCGUGUAGCUUGUGGUGUAACUCCAGUCCCGUCACUCUGACAGUCAGCGUAGCGACGAAAGCUUUCACCCCUGGCGAAACAGUGAAAAUAUUUUGUGAAUUUAGUAACCCUUCAUCUAAAACAGCUACUCCGAAGGUGAAGCUGCAACAGAAACAGACUUUCUACACCCACAGUAAGCGCAACAGGAAGAUGGCUAUCAAAACUUUGGCGUGUGUGUCAGGAGAACCUGUUGGUGCUCAGGUUUCUUAUGUACGCACUGAGAUCAUGCUCGCUAUUCCCUCGUCUGCAUCUUUAACCAUCUCAGAGUGCAGCAUUCUGGUUGUUGAUUACAUUAUUGAGGUUAAACUCCACGUAGGAGCAUUGGAUGAGGUCGUUGUGCUGUUUCCAAUCAUCCUGUGUGAUACCCCCGUGCAAACUUAUCCCCCAGUAUGAUUGUAAGUAAAAUUUGUUUCUACUAUUACAAGGUAAUAAUACAUGAUGCAGAAUGGUAUGAGAUUGCAUUGGGGGUGGCCUUUUUUCCACUUGUGAGUUUUAAAUGUUCACAGCUUAAUGUCGAUUUAAUAUUGUAUUAAAAAGUCUCCCUUUUGGUCAAAAUGCAAAACAUCAUCUGUGCACCGCAGUCCUGACGAAUAAGGCAAUAACAAUAACUUGGGGAAGAAGAAUUAUGCAUUGUCAUGAAAAGAAAAUCUGUGUUCACAGUACUCAGGGGUUAAUCUGACAGAAUUCAUUGAGGCAUUUAAACAUUUACUCUUCAGUGUUAUCACAGUAUGCUGUGUGCCGAUUAGAGAGCGAUAAGGACCCAUAGUUUCAGACACAGAUGGUAGAGCUUCAUAGAAAAAGGUGAGCCAUUUAUUUGAAUUGGUACAAAGUUCAAUAAACAAAAUAACAAAGCCCAAAAAUUAAUAAAAACAUAAAUCUAGUAAGACCAUGAAGAUAUUCAAAAAACAGAAAUCAAAGGAGAACACAGAUGACUCAACAAUGAAGAGACUGUAUAUACAUACAGGGGCUUGGUUAGGAAUUGAGGAUGGCAAUGAGGAGAUAAUUAAGACAUUUAAACACAAAGCAAAGCUCACAACAAGACACAAGAGGAAGCGAGUUAAAUAGUUCGAAUAGCAACAUAAUGGUUUGAUUCCAUCCCUACAAACCUGUUAGUUGUUUUUUCUCAGUCUAACUGUAAAUAAACUCUGGAAUUAAUUACAAACCAAAUUUUAAUCUUAACUUUAUAGACAAUAUUUUUUGAACAUAUUUUUUUAAAGAAAUUAGUGAAUGUAUUUUAUUUCAUAACAUAUAGCACAUGUACCAUGAGAAAAAUCUACUUUUACCUCAGCAUUGACUUACAGCGAGCACGAUGUUUUCACCAGCCUUUCAUUUUUCCUUUGUGCAGCAACACAAGGUGUUUUUGAGGAUCCACAUGGAGCAUAUCGCCACUGCUCUUCCUACAUGUGUUACUGUUCAUAUGCCAUUCAUAUGUUGAUGACAUGCAGUUGUACAUGUUAAUUUCCUCUGAUGACCUCGAUGCAUCUUUCAUUUUAUCUUAACCAUUUUUUUUUACCUGUUUACCUUUUUACUUUAACCCUUGUAUGGUG